ACUAUUUUGUUUUACUCGGAUAUAUAACCCCGACUGACUGGAGAGACAACUUAAGUCGCCACACUUUGUUCUUGACACUCGUCGCUGGUUGAAUCGUCACCAUGGCCCUUCUCAGAGGUGUAUUCAUCGUGUCAGCCAAGCGCACUCCGUUUGGUACGUACGGCGGGGUGCUGAGGGACCACAGUGCGACAGAUCUGGCCGAGCAUGCUGCCAAGGCCGCCCUGGCAGCGGGGGGCGUGGCACCAGAGCUCGUUAACAGCGUCAUCAUGGGGAACGUCAUGCAGAGCUCAUCUGAUGCGCCCUACAUUGCCCGACACGUGGGUCUGAGGUGUGGCGUGCCCAUUCCAGCGCCUGCUCUUACUGUGAACCGGCUGUGUGGAUCUGGCUUUCAGUCCAUCAUCAAUGGUGCACAGGAGAUCUGCCUAAAGGAGUCAGAGGUGGUCUUGUGUGGGGGGUCAGAGAGCAUGAGCCAGGCUCCAUAUGCUGUGCGCAACAUACGAUUCGGUACUAAGUUUGGAGUUGACCUCAAGAUGGAGGACACUUUGUGGGCGGGGCUGACUGACCAGCACGUCAAGAUCCCUAUGGGCAUCACAGCAGAAAACCUGGCCGACAAAUACCAGAUCACACGAGAAGAAUGUGACAAGUACGCACACCAGACGCAGCAGAGGUGGAAGGCAGCUCAUGAGGGUGGUCACUUCACAGCAGAAAUUGCUCCCAUUGAUGUGAAGGCCAAGAAAGGCACGGUGGCCAUGGCUCAGGAUGAACACCCUCGCCCCCAGACCACGCUGGAGCAGAUGGCCAAACUACCUCCUGUCUUCAAGAAGGGAGGAACCGUCACUGCUGCCAAUGCAUCGGGUGUAUCGGAUGGUGCUGCUGCUGUGGUGAUUGCCAGUGAAGAUGCGCUGAAAGAGCACAAGCUGAAACCGCUUGCCCGGAUAGUGGCAUAUCAUGUGUCAGGUUGUGACCCGAGCAUCAUGGGAAUUGGCCCGGUUCCAGCGAUCACAGAGGCUCUUAAAAAGGCAGGACUGUCUCUCAAAGACAUGGAUCUUGUUGAGGUGAACGAGGCGUUUGCCCCUCAGUUCCUGGCAGUUUCCAAAUCUCUUGGGCUCAAUCCAGAGAAAACCAACAUCAACGGCGGAGCCAUAGCCAUCGGACAUCCCCUCGGAGCUUCAGGAACGCGCAUCACUGCCCAUCUGGUUCAUGAGCUCAGGCGACAAGGAGGCAAGUACGCUGUCGGCUCUGCCUGCAUCGGCGGUGGCCAGGGAAUCGCAAUCAUCCUUGAAAACACACAGUGAGGAAAGAGCUGAUGUUUUCACAGCCAUGCUCUAUCACACCAUCACCGUCCACUCACAGCAAAUACAAAAAUAUAUACCACUGAUGCACAUAACAGUGAUUUUGGCAACCAUUAACACACACUCAUAAAAUAGCUGGUGGUCUCUAUGGAAGUGGGACUCUGCUGAUUGUGUUUGCCCUGGCACAGAGGACGAUUUGCAUUAGGAGCUCAUUUUGCCUCCUCAUGUUGCCACUUGUUACUUUUUCAGUCUUUUUUUCAUGAAAAUAUACAAUAAAUAUUGCUGUAUAAUGUU